AAGUAUUUCACAGACGAAUAAUUCUGAAACGAGAAGAAAAAUUCUCUCUAAAAUUGAAAUUAUUAAGUGACCUAGUUGCAUCAGCUUGCCUUCCUUCCUCCAUCUUAUUUUUUACCUUCCUGCGAUCUGAGGUGUGAGCUGCAAGAAUGAAGCUUGUGAUGAGAUGUUCACCACACCACCCAGCGUGGGCAAAGUAAGAACACAAGCACACAGGCAAACGCGAGGCGCAGGGGCUGAGCACUCACCAUCCGAACCGCUUUAAUCCGUAUGGAGGCCAGGGGCCUUGCACUGGUGAAGAGAAGUCUAAAGAUGAAAGAAACCGACAUUCAAGAAAGAAAACUCCUGUGGCUGUUUAUUUGUGGAACAAGAAGCUACUUCCUUAUUGAUUCACUUCUGUCCUGUUCUCUCCACUGUGAGCCAGAGGAGUUGAAGGUCCGCCCCCCUCGUAUUCCAGGCCCGGACUUUGUGCCCAGAUCAAGCACCGCCAUGAGACCGGAACCCAUGAAUUCCACCAACAUCUACGACGCAAAUGAGGAUUACUUUGGGUUGGCUAAUAGUUCAGAUUAUUCACUCGAUGUUGACAGCUUUCUAUGCUCCUUGCAGGAGGUCAGAAAGUUCUCUGGGCUAUUUGUGCCACUUGCUUACUCCUUGAUAUGUGUCUCUGGCCUUCUGGGCAAUAUCUUGGUGGUGGUCACCUUUGCUUUUUAUAAGAAAGCCAAGUCUAUGACCGACGUUUACCUCUUGAACAUGGCCGUGGCAGACAUCCUCUUUGUCCUUACCCUCCCGUUCUGGGCGGUCAGCCAUGCCGCUGGCGAGUGGAUUUUCAGCAACGUCGUGUGCAAACUGACCCGGGGCAUCUACGCCGUCAACUUUAACUGUGGGAUGCUGCUCCUGACGUGUAUCAGCCUGGACCGCUACGUCGCCAUCGUGCAGGCCACCAAGUCCUUCCGGCUCCGGUCCAGAACCUUGGCUCACCGCAAAAUGAUCUGUCUGGUCGUGUGGGUGGUGUCGAUCUUCAUCUCCAGCUCGACCUUCACGUUCAACCAGAAAUACAAGCUACAAGGCAGCGACGUGUGCGAGCCCAGGUACCACACCGUCUCCGAGCCAAUCCGCUGGAAGCUGCUGAUGCUGGGGCUGCAGCUCCUCUUCGGCUUCUUCAUCCCGCUGGUGUUCAUGAUAUUUUGCUACAUGUUUAUUGUCAAGACCUUAAUGCAAGCUCAGAAUUCUAAGAGGCACAGAGCCAUCCGCGUGAUCAUAGCCGUGGUCCUUGUCUUCCUGGCUUGCCAGAUCCCACAUAACAUGGUGCUUCUCGUGACCGCCGUCAACCUGGGCAGGACGGACCGCUCAUGCAGCAGCGAGAGGCUGCUGGGCUACACCAGGAACGUCACCGAGGUCCUGGCUUUCCUGCACUGCUGCCUCAACCCGGUGCUCUAUGCCUUCGUCGGUCAGAAGUUCAGAAGCUACUUUCUGAAGAUCAUGAAGGACCUGUGGUGUGCGAGGAGGAGGCAGAAGGCGCCGGGCUUCUCCUGCUCCCGCCUGCACUCGGACAACUUCAUCUCCCGGCAGAACAGCGAGACCGCGGACAAUGACAACCCGUCCUCCUUCACCAUGUGACGCCCCCCCGGGCUCGGCGCGGACGGGCGGACGGGCAGGACAAAAAUGCGCGGGGCGUGUGGACAUGAAGCAAAAGCGAGCGGGGUCUCUCCUGCAAGAUCAGGGCUGCACGUGCUCGGGGUGCCAGCGGCACGCUGACGGGCAGCACCCCCCAAACUCACUUGCCGGGGUUGCUCUGUGCCCCUGUCCCUGACGGCUGGCGUUCUGCAAAACAGGCUUUGGGAAAUGCUGAAUGAAAAUGACUUGCUGACAAACGUGGACACUUUCAGGAAUAUUCGCUACGCGGCCCGAGACCACAGUUUCUUCUGGUCAUCGCACAACACCCCACGGCUUAAAAAACCCAGAUGGAAAAAACAAACGAAAGCCCUCAUGUAACUGAUUUUAGGCAGAAGGUUAGACAUUUUUCCAUCGCGAUGGUUACUGUUGGGAAUCGUAAUAGCAAGAUGGGCUGGCUUGAGCUUUAUCUCAUUUCCCUGUGAAAAAGUGUGAGCUUUGUCUCAUUUCUCAAGCAUGAGCUCAUAAAAAGGCAGGCGAAAAACAAGCUCAGAGACAGAAGAGGUGGCUGCAUAAGUACUAGUGACACUUGUCACGGUGGAUAAGGCAGUUGAGGUUGUAACAGGCCGUCAGGAAGUGUAAGUUUGCUCCAUUUCCCUCAGUGAUUGGAAAUUCUCCUCUAAAAAUCCAUUAGACUGCAUGCAUUUAGCAUACAGAAGGGGCUUAGUAAUUAUUUGUUUAACAAAACACAAUAGAAUCGGAGCUUACAGUGCAGUUUAAAGAGUUAGUUGUUUAAAUUUUUUUUUUAAUAAAUAGAGUACUUUUUAAAAAAGAACCAGGAAACUUUGCUGAGACAAUAAUGAAAGAACUUCUGUUCAUUUCCAUCAUGGAGCUGAAGAAAGAUGUGUGGAGGGGACCCUGGUAGUGACGAGCUUCAAAUUAGCUUCUCGGAGAGCUUGGAUCACGUUGGCUUCUGCUGCAGUAAAGUGGUGUUACCUAAAGUCUGAUCUUAACGAUGGAAUCAGUUUUUAAAUCUCUUUGACGGCAUCAAAAGUUCAUAGAACUCAGGUUUUGACAGUGCUUUGUAAAUAUUUGAACCUAAGGGGAAAAGCAUCAACACACCUUACAAAAACACAAACACGGCAAUUGCCUGGUGGUCCAGCGGUUGGGACUCUGUGCUUUCACUGCUGAGAGCCCAGAUUCGAUCCCUGGUCGGGGAACUAAGAUCCCGCAAGCCUUGAGGCGUGGCCAGACCAAACCAACCAACCAACCAAACAAACAAACAAACAAAACCCCGCAAAUGCGUAUUAGAAAAGUCCUGACAUGAGCUGCAAAGAUACUGACGUGUUUUAAGUGUUAUCUGAAACGUUCUCUUGUUCUUACAAGCUUCAGCUACAUCUCUACAUGAAAUUCAACAUGAUCUCUUAAGAUCCAAAGCCUGUAUUUUUUUUUUUUUUUUUUUUUUUUUGCGGUUCGCGGGCCUCUCACCGUCGUGGCCUCUCCCGUCGUGGAGCACAGGCCCGGGACGCGCAGGCCCAGCGGCCACGGCUCACGGGCCCGGCCGCUCCGCGGCACGUGGGAUCUUCCCGGACCGGGGCGCGAACCCGCGUCCCCUGCAUCGGCAGGCGGACUCCCAACCGCUGCGCCACCAGGGAAGCCCCAAAGCCCGUCUUUUUAAACAUGGUUUUGGCUUUUGCAAAAUAAAACUGUUCUGUGGGUGAAGUAGGAAUUGUCUUUCAGUCUCAGGGCUCCGACUGGGAGACCCUGGUGUUCAGGGGUCCCACGUCCUUCAAAUCUGUUAGCGCGUGACUUCAGACAUCAGAGCAGGGGAGGCGUUACUCAGAUGCUUCUUUCGGUUUGACCAGAGCACUGAUGAGAUCUGUGAAAGUGUGGUUCAAAACCGGCACAGAAACAUCAUGCUGACUCGGCGAAGCUGGAAUCAAGGUCUUCUGCAUCUCAGUCUCCAGAGGAGUGAAACUUGCUUCUUUAUGCAAUAACCCUUUUCAGACUUCAGCCAUAAUGAAUAAAGGUGU